UAAUCUGUGCUGUUUGCAUUAGCAUCAGGGUAGAAUGGCCGGAUAAGAGUGAUGGUGUUCGAUGAGUGCUGUUGAUAGUGAAUUAUGCAAAACACCAAAUAAUUUGUUUUCAUUUCAUCUCUCCCCUUAACGUUAAGUGAGGUCUGUUAUCACCAUGGCUGCCAGUCUAAGGGAAAAACAGAUUGUGGCGGUCAAGAAGCUCUUGAACCUGAAUGCCCCUCUGGUCAAUUCAGCAGCAUCAGAGCCUGUGUGGAAAAUAUUGGUCUAUGACAAGUAUGGCCAGGAUGUUAUAUCUCCCAUCAUGGCAGUGAAGGAGCUGAGAGAACUGGGUGUUACUCUACACUUGCCGCUGCACUCGGUCAGAAACACGGUGCCGGACGCGCCGGCCAUCUACCUGUGCGUGCCCAGCGACGAGAACCUGCGCCGGAUCUGCCAGGACCUGGCUGACAAUGUGUACGACUCGUACUACUUCAACUUCCUGGCGCCCAUCUCGCGCCAGAAGCUGGAGGAUCUGGCCACGGCGGCACUACAGGCCAACUGUGCCGGUGCUAUCAAAAAGGUUUUUGAUCAGUACGUGCACUUCAUAUCACUGGAGAAGGACAUGUUUGUCCUCCGUCACCAUGGUAACGACACAACCUCCUACUAUGCCCUGAACCGAGGCGACGUCAAGGACACGGAGAUGGACGUCAUGAUCAACGGCAUGGUGGACAGCUUGUUUGCCGUCUGCGUGACGCUAGGCACCGUGCCCAUCAUCCGCUGUCCGCGCAACAACGCGGCCGAGAUGGUGGCCGAGCGGCUGGACCGGCGGCUGCGCGAGAACCUGCGCGACGCGCGCAGCUCGCUCUUCAGCGGCGACGCGCUGGCCGGCGGCCAGUACGCCUUCCAGCGGCCGCUGCUGGUGGUGCUGGACCGCAACAUGGACCUGGCCACGCCGCUCCACCACACCUGGACGUACCAGGCGAUGGCGCACGACGUGCUGGAGCUGCGCCUGAACCGGGUGACGGUGGAGGAGACCAGCGGCGAGGAGGAGCGGCGCACCACCAAGACCAAGACCUUCGACCUGGCGUCCACCGACGAGUUCUGGCAGCAUCACAAGGGCAGUCCGUUCCCGAUGGUGGCUGAGGCGGUGCAGGAGGAGCUGGACCGGUACCGCGCCUCCGAGGGAGAGGUCAAGCAGCUGAAGCACGCCAUGGGUCUGGACGGCGAGUCGGACGAGGCCAUCAGCCUGCUGACGGACAACACGGCCAAGCUCACGUCGGCCGUCUCCUCGCUGCCCGAGCUGCUGCAGCGCAAGCGGCUCAUCGACGCCCACACCACCAUCGCCACUGCGAUCCUGGAGCAGAUCAAGCGGCGCAAGCUGGACGCUUACUUUGAGACGGAGGAGAAGUUGCUGUCACGCUCGCCGCCCGAGCGGCCGCUGGUCGAGCUGCUGCGCGACCCUGAGAUGGGCUCGGCAGACGACGCGCUGCGCCUCUUCCUCAUGCACUACGUCAGCGCCGAGGAGGUGGCCGAGACGGAGCUGGAGCAGUGCGUUCAGGCGCUGCGGGAGCGCGGCGCCGACCUUGGCGCCGUGCAGUUCGCCAAGCGCUGGAGACUUUACAACAGAAUGCCGACCAGCACCAAUCAGUACCUGGGCAGCGGCACCAAGACGGUCAACAUGUUCAGCAAGCUGAUGUCGCAGGGCAGUCAGUUCGUCAUGGAGGGCGUCAAGAACCUGGUCGUCAAAAAACACAACCUGCCGGUGACACGCAUCGUGGACGCCCUGAUGGAGCAGAAGAGCAUGCCGGAGGUCGAGGAGUACCGCUACCUGGACCCCAAACUGCUGCGUCCGGACGCCGGCGCCGUGCGCUCGCGCAACACAUUCCAGGAGGCUGUCGUGUUCGUGGUGGGCGGUGGCAACUACAUCGAGUACCAGAACCUGGUCGACUACACCAAGAGCAAGACGAGCACGGCGACGAAGCGGGUGAUAUAUGGCUGCUCGGAUCUCCAAAACGCCACACAGUUUCUGCAGCAGCUUGGCGAGCUGGGAAAUGAAAUGCAGUAGGUCAUAUCCGGUGGACACUUCAACAUCAGGAGCAUAUACGAGAGGACUGUUGGGUGGAAUGUGGCGUUUUGGACGCGGGCCGAGGAAAGGCCCUACACGCAAAAUGGUGGGCGGGUAUGUUUUUAUUGUGACAGUGCCCGGUUUCUGGUGGAAGGAAAUUAUGUAUUCUCGUCCGUUGUGAGCGGUCGAGUGUUUUUCGUUCCUUGUUUCGGCUGGUUCAUUUUCCCGAAGACGUUUUAAGGAAGGGAAACGUCGCCUUGUACCCGAGCUGCUUCGUGCUAGAAUACAUGUAUUUAUAUCAGC